UUCGUGAUUCUCGAGCAGCGCGUCGAGCUCGACCUCUCCUUUCGCGCGAAGCAGGUCAAAGGCAGCACGACAAUCAAGAUCUUCAAGCUGGGCGACGACCUCGAAUAUGUCACCCUCGACGCGCGGCAGUGCGAGAUCGACAAGGACGCCGUCACUGUCAACAAUCAAAAGGUCAAGGUCGAGUACAAGGACCCAUACACGCUGAUGGAAACACCAACGGGGUACACAUGGGGCGCGCAUCAGCACCACCUCCGUACAGCGCGCAUGAAGCCUCUCGAGCCUGUCAUGCGUGCUGAGCUGCCCUUGAGCGGUAGGGACCAGAAGGGCUGCCAGCCGGCGGUAGGAUCUCUGCGCAUCUGGCUACGCCCAGACAAGAUCAGGCUCAAGCCACAGACGCCGGGUGUGUCGGGUCCGUCGGGUCCGCUUGACCUCAAUAUGUUUGAGAUCACCAUACCCUUCCGGAUCACGACCUUGCGGGACGGCUUGCAGUUCGUUGGCGUCGAAGAAGGCGACGACCGCUACCCUCACGCUUUUACACGGCACUCGCUCGAGCCUGGCUAUGUCAGCUCCCUCUUCCCAUGCGUGGAUGAUCGCACCAGGGUAUUACAGUGGAGGGUUUGCCUCAAAUUCCCACGUACUGUGGCCGAUGUGCUCGAGCAGCCGCUGGCCUCCCACGCCCACGGCUCUAUUACGGUCGCCUCGAACGCCAAGAAGAAUUCCCAGAAGCGCGGGACCUAUGUGCUGACCGAGGAGGACAAGCUCUUGGACAUGACUGCCGUGUGCUCCGGGACCCUGGUCGGAGAACACGACGACGUGGACGACAACAGGAAGAAGGUGAUGGAGUUUGAGGCCCGGUUCGUCGGCGCCCAACACAUCGGCUUCGCGGUCGGCCCAUUCGAGGAUGUGGAUCUUUUCUCAGCCUAUCGUUCCGAGGAGGAUGAAGCAAAGCUCGCCGGCAAUGCCGUCAAGAUCCAUGGAUACUGUUUGCCUCAUCGUCGUGAAGAAGUGUGCAACACCUGCCAGCCGCUCGCCAAUGCGGCCGAUUUCUUCACCCUCACCUUCUCCAAGUACCCGUUUGAUGAGAACAGCUACAAGAUAUGUUUCGUGGAUGACAUGGUAGACGAUACCGUUCCCCUGCAGGGCUUUUCUCUGACCAGCUCCCGGCUCUUGUACCCGGAGGACGUGAUCGAUACUGAGAUUGAGGUCACGAGGAAGCUUGUGCAUGCCUUUGCGAGUCAGUACUUUGGUGUCUACAUCAGUCCUAAUGAGCGCACCGAUACCUGGAUUGUCGUUGGUCUCGCCUACUACAUGACAGACCUGUAUCUCCGGAAGCUGGCUGGCAAUAACUACUACCGAUUUGAGAUGAGAAUGCUGGCUGAGAAGUUGACUGAAGUUGAUCACGGCCGCCCUUCCCUGCAUGACCUCGGACGGUACCUGCACCUCGGCGAUUUCGAAAUGGACUUCAUGGCCCUCAAAGCACCGUUGGUCGUCUUCAUCUUAGAUCGGCGACUGAUGAAGUCAUCCAAUAGUUCCGGCGUGACUCGCGUCAUGUCCCAGCGUCUGAGAGAAUCGAUGACGGCUGAAAAUCAGAACGUCGCGGCCAAUUUCGUCGUGUCUUCAGAGCAGUUCCGCAGACAGUGCGAGAAAAAGGGACGGCUACGUCUCGAGGACUUUUGGGACCAGUGGAUCUUUGGCGCUGGCUGUCCUAGAUUUCAUGUCACUCAACGCUUCAACAAGAAGAGACUGGAAGUGGAGGUCACUGUCAUCCAAAACCAGGUCAAAUGGUCACAGGAGCCGCGCCAGCUGGAAAAGCACGACUUUUGGCGGGACAUUGUAGAGGAGCGGCACAAAGUCGAGGCCAGCGAGGUUCCUCUGACUUUCACGGGACCCAUGACCUUUCGGGUCCACGAGGCGGACGGAACGCCUUACGAACACUGUCUCGAGAUCAAGCUGGAUGCCGCGGCGACUAAGGGUUCCCGGCUGUCCAUGCCUUACAACACCAAGUACAAGCGUAUCAAGAGGACAAGGCAGAACAAGAGGGCAAAGGAGCAGGCUAAGACUACCGUCCGUGAUCCAGAGCGAAUGGAUGAGGACACGCACGAUGACGACGACGACCAGGGACACAACCUCAGCAUGUUUGGGGAUGUUCUCGUUAGCGACGAAGACAUGACGACCUGGAAACUUGUGGACUGGGACGGCGACAUGCAAAACCAGAUGGACCAAGAGUCGUACGAAUGGAUCAGGGUUGACUGCGAUUUUGAGUGGAUCUUCGACCUGCAGACCAACUUCAAAGUCUACAUGACUGUGGCACAGCUCCAGCAGGAUAGGGAUAUUGCCGGGCAGGUGGAGUCCAUGUUGACGCUCACCCGCAACGCACCCAGCAAUAUUCAGACUACGAUGCUGCUGAGGACCCUCUACGACAACCGAUACUACUAUGGGAUUCGAACCAUGGCGGCAAACGCACUGACCCGUCAUGCAGAGCCGGCCAACAAUUUCAGGGGCAUGCAUCAUCUCAUGCGCGUCUUCAAGAAGUUCUUCUGCUUCCCAGACACCACGACGCCACGCCCGAACGACUUCUCCAACAAGAAGGAAUACUACGUCCAGGAGGUCAUCCCCAUGGCCCUGGCCAAGAUCCGCGGAGGGCAGGCGUUCUGUCCAAAGGAGGCUCGGCGGUUGAUUCUCGACCAGCUGGUCUUCAACAACAAUGAGGAGAACCCCUAUUCGGAUCAGGUCUAUGUCGCCAAGCUCUUGGAGGCGCUCGCGACCAGCCUCAUCCGUGCCAACACCAACAGUCCAAACCAGGCGGCACUCGACCCGGAGAUGCGCUCUUUUGUAGAACAGGCUGUAGAGCAGAUCCAGCGGUACGAGAACAUGGACGAGUGGAUAGGAACGCAUGACAACAUUUGGGUCGUUGCGGCCCUCGAUGCCAAGAUGAAGUUGAUGAAGAGCGGUGUCAUCCCCACCGACCCCAAAUGCUUCGCGCAGUACACGCUUCCCCAGAACAACUAUACUGUCCAGCUCAAGGCGUUCGAGGCGAUGAUUGAGCUCGGGUACCUGCUGCGCCCCGCGGUGAUGAGACUACUCAUUGCCGAGAUCAGUACGAACAGGUCGCCAUACGUCAGAGACCGGCUGUUCAAGCUUUUCACGCGCGGGCUGGCAGCCAUUGCCUUUGGAGAGAUGGAAAACGAUGGCCUUAUCACGAUGGAGGAAGACGAUGAUGGCGAUCUGAUUGUGGAGCAGAGCGACGACGUCAUCAAGCGCAGACAGGAGCAAAUUGCGCGUCAGAAGGAUAUCACGACUGCGAUCAAGGCGCUGAAAGAUGUGGUCGAGGAUGAUGAGGAUCUGCAGAGGGAGCUCUGGAAGGCUCUUGAUUCCCCGGUCAUUGGCGUGGCCGAGAAGAGGAACUUGCUCGAGCUCUGCGCCACCUUGUUCUCGGAGGAGCACGAGAUGCUGGUCACGAUGAAGUAUCCGGCGCGGUGGACGGUGCUCAAGGCUUCCCACAAACCCGGCCGGGUAAGUUUC